AUGAGCUGCUAUAGGAUCUGUGCUUCGGUCGGACAAUGCUGUUUGGGUUACUAUACCAAGCGCAAGCUGUACUUCGUUUCUCGAUUCGGUCUGGUUUCAUUAUCUGGAAAAAAGGAAGCCAAAACCACUGGCCUGUCGCCCCAACCCACCUGCCACGUCUACUAUGAAAGUUAUGGGACUAGAAGGACGUAA